GCCCGAUCCCCAGCGCUGGCCCGCUGCCCGCGACCUCCUCCGCCAGGCAGUCGGGGACACACACAGCGGUUGGAGCGUCCGGGACAAAGGGGUCAUGUGUGCUGAAGCCCGGAGAGUCAGGAUGCGCGAGGAGGGCGCGGCGGGGGCCGGUGGGCCCUUCGGGGGACCGCGGCUUUCACACGAGAAAGCUCGAAUUUCAGGUUAUCCGCCGGCGUCAAGAACUUGAAAGCUCUUCCCGUUUUUUUAUCUUCCCGUAUGCAGCAGCAGCCCUACUUCCUCUUGGGGUCAGGGACGGCUGUCCCAGUUGCCGUCCUCACACGGACACCCAUCGCCCAGAGGGAGAAGGACGCAUCCUUCCCAGAAGCACCCCCCGCCCCCGCCCCCACUCCCAAUAAUUGCCUCUGUCAUCUGGCCAGAAUUGCUUCGGUUAUGUUACCUAGACCAGUCAGUGGCCCGAAGGGAAAGGAGACCACCACCAGGGCUCGAACCAAUCAGUAUUUCUCUCUGGGUCUGGGUCCCCUCCUCGAGUCUGUAUCAGUCAGGCGCGGAGCCACUGGCGGAUGACAUGGUUAAGGGGUUUGGCCUGCGGUUGCGGGGCUGGUUGGGCAGUCUCUGAAGGCUGCUACCCUGUGCCUGACGCCACAGCUGGAAGUGUGCGGAGCAGGUAGUCUGGAAGGGAAGGUGCAGCAGUGAGGACAGAUGAACCUGCAGCAAACUGGACACCGGGAGCCUAAGCUGGACCCCACGGGGAUGCAUGGAGCACGUGGCUGUCCUGCAGAAGCUGGCACUGUUGGUCACAGAACUACACACACACCUAGCCCAGGAGUUGAAGAAGCUCUGUGCUGGGCAGAGUGGGCCCCACAACAUCACCAAGUUCUUGUCUCCAUGCUGGGCAGGCUUCCCUGUCCUGGGUGGAGCAUCUGCACUGACCCAGCCUCUCUGCUCCAGGCUCCAGCACCUGUCCCCCACCCAGUGUUGGCUGCCCAGCCGAGUCGGGGCGAAGUCCAUCGGGGGGACACAGCUGACUGGUCCCUGCAGAGACUGACCCACAGCUGUGACCUUGGAGGGCAAAUAUCCCAGCUGCCCAGUAUGGAUACCCCACCCAACACUUACAAGCUGCUGCUGGACGCUCUCCCGGGCAGGUGGCCUCCCCCAGCCAGACGGCACUUUCCCAGGGCCUGAAAAGCACACGAGGUGCUGCAAGUCUUGUCUCAGCAUCACAGCCCCACGACGGAGUCAGAGAGCGAGGCGAUGACAGCCCGCUUGGAGCCACAGGAACCAGGACGAUACAGGAAAUUGACUUGGACCUUUCUUCCAAAGACUUCAGGAGAGUUUGUGUAGAACUGCCUCAGAAACAAGGGUUCUCCCCCAACCCUUUCUCCCCGCGUGGCCCUCACCCUUGACAAGCCCCCAGGGCAGAUCUGAGGUUCACUUUCAAUUUAAAAGUGUACCGGGUAUCAUGAGAGGACAGUCACUGUGGAGGGUGGCUUGGUGGCUCCUGUGUGUCAGAACUGGGGGGUGGGGGUGGAGACGCAGCCAGCCCCAGGCCUGGAGGGGAGCUCAGGCUGGUGGCAGCCACCUCCCUGCCUGCUCCAGAGUGACGUUCUCCCAAGAAAAGGUAAAAGUGUCUAAUGUAAAGAGCUCUGAAUCCAGUGUGCGCCCGAGGGAAAAGGUGUGGACCAAUGAGUUUCAAUCUGCGUCCGUUUGGGGCGGGCGACAAUGGUGGGUGACAGGAUGGGGCGGUGCCACGCCACCAGCCCGCAGACGUCACACGUGGACACGGCCGGCCCCUCCCGGUUCACCAUACGCGGGCUCUGCGCUCUGGGAGCCGGGCGGGCAUCCCGAUGCGCUCGCGUGAGCCUGCACUGGAGACGUCGGCCCCGAGUCUCCCAGCCUGUAAUUCGUGUCACUGUGAGGCGGGUAGGACAGGACGUGGGCGAUAGCCUGCACGCAGAAGGCACCCGCUGCACUUGUGCUCCCUUCUUGUUGUUCAUGGAGGCUGAAUAGUUCAGGUUAAGCGUGACUCCACUAGACAAGCCUCGUUCAGGGUAAAGGAAUGUCUCUAAAGAGGAGAUUUUUAAUAAGCAGGCCUAGGAAGUGCCCAGUAGACUGAGACCCAGCUGCCUAAUAGCAAGACACUUUGGAACCUUGUUUUUCUGCCCUUUGGAGGUGCUUUCCUGGUGCACACCCUGAUUGCUAUGGAUGAGGAAACUCAAGCUCAGAGAGGCUAAGGACUUGCUGGGGCCACAUAGCGAGAGAGUGGGGCUGGGGGCCCGAUCAUCAGUCGCUGGAGGACUGAGGUUCCAGUGCCGGCUAUUUUUCAAAUGUGAAGAAAAAGAAAAGGAUUCAAAACCUCACCAGUCACAGAGGAUAAGAAUGAAAAAUUCAACUGCAAAAGAAAUAAGAGUUCUACCCCAGGGCGAGCAGACUGCAGCUCCUGGCCCUGCCUUAGUCCUUGACCAGCGGCUGGGCCCUCAGACGCCCUGCUCAGCUCACAGCGGCCAGCGCGUCCUUUCAGGGGCCUGUCUUGGGCAGCGCCGUCCGCCCCAAUGUGGGUGGGGCACGAGCUCUGAGAGCCGGUGGCCAGGGAGAGCCUGCAGACUGAGGCGUCAUGCACACGGCUGAGUGGCCACCACCCACCUGCUCCCUGGGGGCCGGGGACCCGCAACAGGUGAGGCCUCCUCCCCAGGCCCGCUCCUCCAGGCAGCCAGCGCGCCCAGCCCAUCCCACCCCAGCGCCUCGCCUUGGUCCGCAGGCCCCCAGCCCCCAGGAGCUCUGGGUCCACGUCCUCUGUGAUGCAGCAGACAGACAGGAGCAGAGGCCUGAGUGCUCUUGGAGCUUUGUGUUCACGUGGGAAGCACAUGAGUGGCCUGUGGUCCCAGAAGAAUGAGAGCCCACGGUACCCACCACACUGAAUCCACAUCCCUGAGAUGAGCCAACCACGGCCGCCCUGCAGACCUCGAGUCAACGGCCGAUGCUGGACACUGUGGCUGCCAAGUUUGGGGUGGUCACUAUGCAGAGUUCUUGUGGGAAGAGCUGGCUGUGAGGCUGCUUUGUCUCCUACAGACUCUCUGGGACAAUGGCCAAGGUGACCCAAGGCCGCUCCCUCCGGGGUCCCCAGCGAGCAGGCAUCUCCUCCCUCCAGCGGAGCCUCUUCACCCCGUCUUGUCUGCAGUCUCCUCUUCUGAGGUACAGCAGGUGAAUGCAGAGCAUGUGGAUUAUACGCUGAAGAGCGUGGGGCUACGACAAACUGAAACGAAAGACCACAGCCCGUUGGUAAAGUCACAAGGCAAGGCUUUUAGUGAAUUGACUGAGUUGUGCAGCCAUCACCGUGCUCCAGCUGUAGCACAUCCCCCUCGCCCCCCAGAUCCCCAUGGAUCUGAGUGUUGACCUUCCUCAUUCUCACCUCCAGCCCCAGAUUCCUAGGAGUGGAAUUGCUGGCUCAUCUGUGAACUUGGACCACUUCCAGAUCCUGCGUGCCAUUGGGAAGGGCAGCUUCGGCAAGGUGUGCAUCGUGCAGAAGCGGGACACGGAGAAGAUGUUUGCCAUGAAGUACAUGAACAAGCAGCAGUGCAUCGAGCGGGACGAGGUCCGCAACGUGUUCCGGGAGCUGGAGAUCCUGCAGGAGAUCGAGCACAUCUUCCUGGUGAACCUCUGGUACUCCUUCCAGGACGAGGAGGACAUGUUCAUGGUGGUGGACCUGCUCCUGGGUGGAGACCUGCGUUACCACUUGCAGCAGAACGUCCAGUUCUCUGAGGACACCGUGAGGCUGUACAUCUGUGAGAUGGCGCUGGCCCUUGACUACCUGCGCAGUCAGCACAUCAUCCACAGGGACGUGAAGCCCGACAACAUUCUCCUGGACGAGCAAGGACACGCGCACCUGACCGACUUCAACAUUGCCACCAUCAUAAAGGAUGGCGAGAGGGCUACCGCGCUGGCCGGGACCAAGCCCUACAUGGCUCCGGAGAUCUUCCAGUCUUUCGUCAACGGUGGUACCGGCUACUCCUUCGAGGUGGACUGGUGGUCGGUGGGCGUGAUGGCCUACGAGCUGCUGCGUGGAUGGAGGCCCUACGACAUCCACUCGAGCAACGCCGUGGACUCCCUGGUGCAGCUGUUCAGCACUGUGAGUGUCCAGUAUGUCCCCACCUGGUCCAAGGAGAUGGUGGCCCUGCUGCGGAAGCUGCUCACUGUGGACCCCAAGCACCGCGUGUCCAGCCUGCGGGACGUGCAGGCGGCCCCGGCGCUGGCCGGCGUGCUGUGGGCCGAGCUCAGGGAAAAGAAGGUGGAACCUGGCUUCGUGCCCAACAAAGGCCGCCUGCACUGCGACCCCACCUUCGAGCUGGAGGAGAUGAUCCUGGAGUCGAGGCCGCUGCACAAGAAGAAGAAGCGCCUGGCCAAGAACAGGUCGCGAGACAGCAGCAGAGACAGCUCCCAGUCGGAGAAUGACUACCUUCAGGACUGCCUUGAUGCAAUCCAGCAGGACUUUGUGAUUUUUAACAGAGAAAAGCUGAAGAGGAGCCAGGACCCCGUGAGUGAGACCCGGCCUGCGCCCGAGCCCAGCGAGGCAGCAGGCGGCGAGGGGAUGCGCCCCGCCCUGCCCGUGUGCGGCUCCAUCUGCCCCUCGGCUGGGAGCGGCUAGGCAGCCCCCCAGCCCGUGGAGGUAACUCAGGUCACGUUGGAGACUCAAGGCCUCCAGAGGGACUGGACGGCGGGCGGCGGGCAGUGGGCGAGGCCCAGCGUGGACUUUCCCAGCCGAGGAGCCUGGCACGUCCAAACACAGGCCCUGGCCGAAUUUUCACUGGCGCAGUCUGACCGCUGAGCCUGCCCCUGGCUCUCAGUGGCACAUGGUGACAAGCGGCUGUUGGUGCGGCUGAGAGCGGUGGGCAAGGAGGGUGGGCGCCACAGGCCGCUCCAGUCACCUGUCACGGUGGAGGGGGCACGUGGCCGCCUGCGUGGACUCUCCUGGUGGCCCCUGCAUGGGCCGCGUGGUGGGACAGGCGCUCUGGUCUCCGGCCACCUGUCAGCUGUCCAUGGCCCGCGUCCCCGCUGUCAGCUGCCCGCCGUCGUGAGCCUGCUGCCCGGAGCCGUGGGGCGGCCCAGGGUCCACCGGCUUCUUGUACUUCGAAGUGGGGAGGGUCGUGGGUGUGAAGAAUGUUUUCUAGAGA